UCUCCGUCUCGCAGUUGGCCAGUCAGCUGUUUCGCUUUGGCAGCAAAAAGCGUGGCGUCUGCAUUUGCAAUGCCCAGUGUCGACUUCAAUCUCUUGGCGAGGGUCCACUGGGGCCCACGAUUAAGACACACCACGGAUCUUUGGACCGUCUGCUCCAGCAGCAGCAGCAGCAACAACACCAAGCCGUACAACAACAGCAGCAGCACCGUGGCAUGGCCACAGAUAAAUCCACGCAAGGCAUUACGGCGGAACGUUCCAUAAGUUGGGUGGUAGACGGAGGUGGUGGAGGCGCCCUACUAGGCGCUGCCGGAUCCGAUGGUGAUGGAGAUGAUGAGAAAGAUGGAGGAGGCACAGAACCUCCACCGCGGCCUCCCUCGCGGGCGAAGCCAAGUGCCAAGCCCAGCGUCAAGGAGGAAUUCGAUCGAGGCGUUGAGGUGGAGAAGUUCUAUCAUCAAAUCAAUGGGGAUAUCUUCGAAAUUACGAGGCGUGUACGUGCCCGUGAUGAGGACACCAUUGAACAAAAGUGCAUACGUCGCAAAGGCUCGGUGCGGCUUGUCGAAGGCCAUCAUGUGCGGCUGCCGCCAGAGCAGCCAUCGGAGCAGCGACCACAGCUGCCACCGCGCAGACAGAAGAGCGCCGAAGAGGUGGCCAUGCCCAAGAGUGCGCUGCGGUCAACAGCAGCAGGAGAUCAGCUGGAGUGGUUCGAUCGCAAGGCACAACAACGUCACUCCGCACGCUCCGCCGAGGGUGGUGCUGUGCGCGACGAGACCAUGGAGUGGCUGAAGCUGCAAAAGGGUGCCCAGCCAGCUCCAGCACGCACCUCCUCCGGUCCCAGCGAAAUAACCGUGCUCAAGGAUGAGCUGCCCGAGUGGCUACUCGAGCAUUUGCCACGCAAACGCUCCUUGGGUGAACGCCAGCUGUCGGAUUCAAAGCCUAGCAGUUCCUCCUACGCCAAGGCACUCAAGGAAGAGCUUUCAGAGCUGCUCAAGAAACCAUUAUCACGUCAGAGCUCUGGCCCCUGCGAGUUCUCGCUGCUCAAGACCGACAUUGUGGAGUGGCUGACCAAAAUGCAAACCUCCGCUUCUUCCAAGGAAGGUAAGCCGCGACGUUCUCACCACCGUCGCAAUGGCAGUGGUGGGGAUGCGCCGCGUUCCAAUUCGCAAGAGGAUGCAGCCGCUGCCAAGCAACAAGCCACACGCAAACGUCACUCGCUGGGCCACACACACGGCAGCGAAGAGCAAAUUGCCGACUGGAUUGCCUAUCCGCUGCACAAACUUCAGUCCCUGGGCAAACCACCGCCUGCGGUGCCACAGACACAAACCCAAACACUGGAUAGGCGCGCUGCAGUAGCGGCAGCGCAAGGCUAUGCGGUUCCGCAGCCCACAACACACACCCAGGUGUGCUUAGAGCGUCGGCGUGAGGAGCGUUCGCGGGAACGAAAGCUACGGCACUCGGCCAGCGAAGUGGUUGCGAGCACACCAGGCACAUCUGCCGUGAGCAGCGCUCAACUGGAACGUCUAUACGCAAAGCCACACAAGGAGCGCUAUCAGUAUGUGCCCAAGGUGAAGGAUUCCCAGCAGCCCCCUCAGUUGCCGCCCAAAGAGUCGAAAUCAAAACGCGAACGCUCGCGGCGCCAUCAGACACAACGUUCGGCCACCGUGUCGGACAUGUCCGGUCAUCGUGAUGGUGGCCAGAAGCGUAAGUCCUCGUCGGCAGAGCGUGCGCCGCGCUCGCCCUCGCCUUGCACCGAUCCCACUUGUCCGCUGCUGCCCAUUUGCACGGAUCCCCACUGCCGUUUCCUCGAGUGCCAGGCUGCCAAUCGGUGUGUGACCUCGUCCGCAUCUUCGGUUAAUCUAGCGCGUCAUCAACAGCUAGCUCAGGUGCAAAUGCAUGCCGUACCAGCCCAUAUCGCCACAUCCGACACAACGCCCUCAACGACGGCAACGCCGCCGCCACCGCCGCCGCCCGCACCACUGCAGACCCAGCCCCCUACGCAGCGACGCCUUGUGAUCUGCCAUGAGUGUCGUUCGUGCGCUCCGCUGAUCAGCUGCCAGAAUCGCAAAUGCUUAAAUGCCGCCAAAUGCAACUCACUGCCUCGUUGUGCCGCCGACUUCAACCGCCUGCGCACCACACUUGCCCAGCCACCGGCCACGCUGGAUGAUAUCGAGCCUGCGCCUCUGGAGCCAACGGCCAUCGAUGUGGGUCUGGCUGUGGAAUCGCCACCCCGUGCCCAUUAUCGUAGCUACUCUCAGCCCAAUACGCUGCAGCGGGGUGACUCCGCCUCUUCAGCGGUAGGAAUGGGUGGCUUGGCCGCUGCUUGGUUGGAGCCCUCAACGACAAUAUUACGAACGCUGCCAGCACAACCACUAAAUGGCCAUGGAUAUCACCUUAAUGGCCAUGGCGCCAAUGGAAAGCUGAUGAAGUCCGCCUCCGCGGCUUCGCUAAAUUCGCGUCGACGUCGACACAAAACGGUCCAUUUUGGCGAGAACCUUCUGCGCGAGGUUUGCCAAAACCGAAAACUCAUCAAGACAGAGCAAGUACCGUCCGGUUCGGCGCCCAUGAAAGCCAACAUCCAAAUGCUGUACAACUUUGUCGAGGGUGUGCUUAGCGCCUGGGUGGACGAUGACGAGGAUCAGGUGCGUUCGGGGGCCGAGUCAGAGCCAGAGCAUGGGUUGGUGGCACUGCAGCCCAUACAUCGGUGUAAUCGGUUGCGCUAUCAAUGCAUCAAGCGUGUCGUUGAGGAGGCCGCCGAGCUUCAGGGCACUCUGAAGCUGGGAAACUCACGCUAUCGCCAUCGCCAUUGGCGCAGUACGGCCAAGCAGUGCAACGAAAUGUUCCUUCGCAAGAUUUCGGACGAUGAUCGAAUGAGCCUAACUACUGCCGUUUCGGAUGAAGAUGAUGGCGAAAGUGUCAUGGCUUCACCAUAUAAAGCAAAGGCCACGGGCACGGCUGCAUCCUCCUUCAAUUGCACGGGCGCUGUGCGCAAAGCUGGUUUUCUAUCGGUAAAGAAAUGGUUACUACGCAAAAAACAUCAAAUCGAAUUGGCGCGCAAACGUGGCUGGAAGGGCUAUUGGGUGUGCCUGAAGGGCACCACGCUCCUGUUCUAUCCGUGCGAUUCGCGGGAGGGGCGAAGUGCUGAGGCCGCGCCCAAGCAUCUAAUCAUUGUGGACGGUGCAAUUAUGCAGCCGAUACCGGAGCAUCCGAAGCGCGAUUAUAUAUUCUGCUUGAGCACAGCAUUCGGAGACGCCUAUCUAUUUCAAGCGCCCUGUCAGGUGGAGCUCGAGAAUUGGGUGAACAGCAUACAUAGCGCCUGUGCCGCUGCCUUCGCACGUCAUCGCGGCAAAACGGGCACAUUGCAUCUGCUACAGGAGGAGAUUUUCCGCUUGGAGAAGGCCAUUGAAUCGGAUCACAAAUUGAAGCAUAUGGCAGAGCUGCAGCAAUCAGUUGUCACCGAUCAGGAGACACGCCAUCAGAUACAGACUCAGAUUUUGCAAUGGGAGGAGAACCUGGAGCGUUUGCACUGCGAACAGUUCCGCUUGCGUUGCUACAUGGCCUCGCUCCAGAGCGGCGAGCUGCCAAAUCCAAAGUCGCUGCUCACGCACGUCUCGCGACCAACGAAGAACACUUUGAACAAGCUCGGCGUUUUCACCGUCUCCUCGUUCCACGCUUUCAUCUGUGCCCGCUCCCCGUCUCUGCUAAAUAAUUUGCUAGCUGGACGUGGUGCCACCAAGCGCCGGCCACCGAUGCUUUCGCGCUCGAACAGCGGCUCCAGUCGCCGUUCCAUGCAGAUGAAUUCACGUGACGAACCGGAAAAAACUUUCAAAGUUGCGAUGCCCGACAAUGCUUACUCGACAGUUUAUCUACGUGACGCCAUGUCUGUCGAGGAAUUCCUUGCCAGCGCCUGCGCCCGACGCAACCUCAAUCCCAUGGAGCACUUUGUGCGCGUCAAGAAGCGACGUGACAUGGAGGAUCACAAUUACUUUGUGCCGCAUCGCAAUGAUCUGAUUGAAAAUUAUCUACAUAAUCACGAAUUUGUGGAGGUAUGCAUGAAAAUACUCUACCAGGUUGAGCUGCAACGCACAACAUUGGAGCAGAUGUGGGGCUUCUCUGUGGAGGCGGAAUUGAUCGAGAAUGCGGAGCGGCAGGACGAGCUGUGCUGUUAUGUGAGUCGCGUCGAGGAUAAGAGUGUGGCAAUGCAUAAUGGCAUUAUCAAAGGAGACGAAAUAAUGGUCAUCAAUGGUGCGAUUGUAUCCGAUCUAGAUAUGAUGUACUUAGAGAGUGUCCUGCAGGAGGAGCAGUCCCUCAGCAUGAUGAUGCGCUCGUCACGCACCGAACCACCGGAUCUAGUGGGCAUAAUGCGUGUCACUGAUGAUAUGAUUGACUCGCUGGUGUGCCCACCGCCGCCCACGGAUCCACCAGUGAUGAGCGAGGAGAUGAUAUCUGGCCUGAUUGUCCCAGCACCCGGUUGGAAUGGCACAGGCAAGGAUUUAUAUUCACCGGAGGCAGAGAGCUCGCCAGCACCCUCAUUUGUGGAGCCCACAGGCGCCCAACUGGCUGUAGUUGGAGGCGUUGUCAAGGCGACAUCGCGCACCAGCAGCUUCGAGAUUGAGAAUCUGCUGAAGACCGCAGAGCAAGUUACCGGCUUUUGUCGUUCACCUCAGGAAACGCGCAAAUCGAGCCCCACGGGUUCAGUCACAUCCUCGGUCUCGACCACAGCGCUAACACCGUCGCGCCAGCUAACCGAUGCGGAGAAGCUGCGCAAAGUCGUCAUGGAGCUGGUGGAUACCGAGCGUACCUAUGUAAAGCACUUGAACAAUCUACUGGAGCACUAUCUGGAGCCCAUGAAACGCGAGACAUUCCUCUCUAAUGCUGAAAUCAAUGCUCUCUUUGGCAACAUACACGAGAUUGUUACAUUCCAGCGUCAGUUCCUGCAGAAUCUUGAGGAGGCCUUAGAACUUGAGCCGGAAUUCAAUAAAUUUGAACACUGUGGACAGUUCAGGAAUGUGCUGUUUGCUAUCGGUUCCGCUUUUCUCUAUUAUGUAAAUCAUUUCAAGCUCUACUCCUCGUUCUGCGCUAGCCACAGCAAGGCUCAGAAGGUUUUGCAUCCAAACGAAGGCAACCAUGCGCUUCAAGAGUUUCUCGCCGCUAGAAAUCCCAAACAACAGCACAGCAGCACCUUGGAAUCGUAUCUGAUCAAACCCAUACAGCGCAUACUCAAGUAUCCGCUAUUGUUGCAGCAGAUGCGCAAUCUGACAGAUACGCGAGCCGACGAGCAUGUCCAUUUGUGCGAGGCGCUAAAAGGCAUGGAGAAAGUGGCAGAGCAUAUUAACGAAAUGCAGCGCAUUCAUGAGGAAUAUGGUGCUAUAUUCGAUCAUCUGUUUAGGCAGCACCAGAAAUCAUGCAAGCAGCCCAUCGACUUGAGUCCAGGUGAUCUGUUGUACUAUGGCGGCGUGGAAUGGUUAAAUAUUUCCGACUUCUUGGGCAAAAUCAAGAAGGGUCUAGAGCUGCACGCCAUGUGCUUUGUCUUCAAAUCUGCGGUAGUGUUCCUGUGCAAAGAGCGCUUGCGUCAGAAAAAGAAGCUUAUGGGCGUUUCGAGCAAAAACGCACCAAACGAAGUCGAAAUCAUACGCUAUCAGGUGCUCAUACCGGUUACCGAGGUACAGGUUCGCGCCUCCUCGGCCAAGGACAUGGACUCUCACUUCCUGUGGGAGCUCAUACAUUUGCGUUCGCAGCUGCAGCGACGCUCGGAGAAGGUGUACGUGCUGUCAAACAGCACAGCCGACUUCCGCAAUGCAUUCCUCAAGACCAUCAGGCAAAUCAUACGAGAGAGUGUGCGAAACAUGUCAAUUCCCAUGAAAAAUUUCGGUGGUAGUUCUGGAUCUGUUUCCGGAAUGUCCUCACAGGGCGGCUAUGCGGGCAACUCCCAGACCCUGGAACGGCCAAAGCAGCAGAUAACCAUUGUGCAUGGCUCGCACACGCUGGGCAAGCCAAAGAAAAAAUCGGGCUCGCAACGCCAUUCGGCCGGCAACAUUGACUAUGACAAUCUGUCGGGCAGCCAGGAGGCGGAUGAUGUGCCACCCAGUGUGCAUUAUGCGCCACACACACAGCAGAUGCAGCCUGUGGGCUUCCGUAGUCGCAGCAAGACAGUUGGCGAUGUCACUGAAAUCACUUACUCCUCCAUAGAUCCGCAGCCGCAUCAGCAUCAGCAUCAUCCACAGCAACCGCCUCCGCCACCGAUUCGUCAGCCACACUUGCAUCAUCACAGCGACAUCGAACGCAUUGAUCCGGGCACCAAGUCAGAGGGUGAGGAGGACUCGCAACAAGGAACAAUCAGACCGAAGGCCACCCUGGGCCGCACGCCCAAUCACUUGACACUGAGCACCACUUCUACGCUCUCGGUAGGCAGUACUGGCAGCCAGGCGCGCUUGAUCCAAUCAUCGCACCCACCAUCAAACUACCAACCCGUGCUAAUGAAGGACCUAGGGUCCCCGGUGUGGAAACCACGAGACAUGAUAAAUUUAGGCACAGAUCCACAGUCAACAACCCGCAAAGACGAUGUGAAAAAUUAAAUCAGAUAAAGCCAAACAAAGCUUUUAGCAUAAAACUAAGAAAAUAAUAUGCGAAACGAACUCAAUCCAAUUUCUUGCGUUCAAUUUUAACUAAUCAAGUGUAAGCAACAACAACAACAAUAAUAAUAAUUACAACAACAACAAAAAAACAACAAACAACAACAGUUCAUACAAGAACAAAACACAAGCAAAGCGAACUAACGUACUAUGUAUUUUUAAAACAGGAUACCUUCAAUUUAAGAAAACAAACAGAGUAACAGAGAAACAAAGUAACAGAGAAGAAAGAGAGAAAGAGAGAGAAACGUAAGAAAUCAAUUGUUAUUGUAUUGUAUCCACAAUCUUAAACUUGUUACGUACUUACUACACGAUGAUUUGAUUUGUUUCUUAAGCAUAAAACAUCGAAGAAGUUUGUUCAUUAAUUUUAUUUCAACUUUUAAUAGGAACAAGAGAACAAAAGGAAAUUAACAAAUCUCUUUUAAAGACUUUGAUUUAUACCGAUUGUAUUUAACACGUGCAACAAACAAAUUUCAUAUUGAAUAUAUAAUUAAUUAAAUUUAAAAAAAAAAACGAGCAAAGGAUUUUGAAAAAGAUUUAAACAAAAAAUAUGAGAACAAAUUCAAUGCAUUUGUCGCUGAAAAAGACUUGAAAGUAAAUUUCGAUUUAAAUACAUUUAUUGAGGGGAAAACCGUAGAGAAAUUGCAACAUUGUAUUUAGGCUUAGUGAAUUUAAAUUUAAAACAAAAUGAAAAACCAAAAACAAAACACAAAGCAGAAUUGCAAAUUAAAUGAGAAGAGAAAUGAAAAGGAGACAACAAUUCAAAAAAUGAAUAAGAAAUCGUUCAAAAGAAAGAACAUUUUAGAGAGUUAAGCAACACACAAGCAAAUCAUUACACUCGUAUUAAAUAAAGCGAAAUGCGAAUGUUUAGUUUAUAGGAGAUACACUGAAAUAAAUUACAAAGCAAACCACACACACGGAGACACAACCAGCAUGAGAAAUGAAAAUAGGAAAAAUUUAGUGAAAAUGUUGAAUGGUGAAGAAGAUGAAAUAAUAACAUAACACUACAAGUAAAUCCAUACACACUAGUAAAGCGUUAAAUAUGAAAUUUAAAAAAUCAAAUUUAAAAAACAAAAACCAACCCAAAAGUCCCUCACAAAGCCAAGUAAAGCAAACGAGCAAAAGUUUAAAAAACAUUUUAAAAUAUGCGAAAUUAUAAGCAUUAACAAAGAAAUGAACACAAACACCAACACAUUCACAAAGCAACAAUGAAAAACCAACACCUAGCAAAAUUACAAUAAUAUUUAAAACCAAAAACAACAAAGCAAAUCAAAGAAAACAAAAACAAAAACAUAUAGCAAGGUUCCAUACGCAAGCAAACACAGAGACAAGUGUUCAAUAAUUUUCAUUGUGAAUUAUUUAUUUGAGUUCUUGCCAUUUGUUUACACGAUAUUAUUUGUUUUUGCAAAAGCCUAAGCGAAACAACACUCACAUUUUUUGAUAAGAAUUCUACCAAGAGAUAAACAAAAAAUAAUAAUUAAAUUGGUUGUGAAUGCAGCUUGGAUGUUAUUCGAUUAAAAGAAAACCCCCGAAUUGCUGAAUGAAUUUAAUCCAUUAAGCUCACAACUCAUCGACCAUCAUUCGAUCACUCGAUCAUUCGAUCAAUUAAUCAUUCACGUUCUCCAGCUCACACUGUCGGCAGACAAUUUUCGGUAACUUUCUUGCAGUGUAUGCAUCAGCUGGCUUUCAUUUUGCCACUCCCAUUGAUGAAGAUCGAAACAUAAUCAAAACAUUUUUAGGUUUCCAAUAUAUUUGAAUAAUAUAUUCAAUAUAGAAUUGAAUUAAACGGCAAACAGUAAUAACUACAAAUUCUAAACAGAUUAAUUGAUAAAACGAUAAACAAGAAAUGAAAGGAACGAACGAAACUUAAUCAAACCAACACCCCCACAAACAAACAUAAGAAGAAUAAUAAUAAUAAUAUUUAUAAUAAAAAUAAUAAUAAUAUACCAAAUCACAGCAUUUUAACAUAAUUUUUACUGUAAAUAUAAGUUGGAAAUAAGAGAUAAUUCAAAACCAAAGCAGAGCAGUCAGCUUUACGAUGCCGGAAACUUUAGUCAAUGAAAAUAAAUGAAUAGUUCAAUUUUAAAACUCAGUUGAAAAUGGUUAUAACAACAACAAAAACAACAACAACAAGAAAGAAACAAAAUAAGAAACAACUAAUUAAAAUAGUAUGAUUAAUUUUGUAAGCGUUAGACUAAUUUUUAAUACAUUUUAACAUAAUGUGCAUCAAUGAAUUGUAUUAAGCAAUUGAGAAACAUUUAAUUGAGUUCAGCACCGGCCCCUCCGUCACAGAGCGGGGCGCAAAACAACUUUUUAACAAAUUGUUAUUGGAUAUUUGAUUUGUUUAAGCAAUUGUUAGUUAUUCUACCAUAUUUACUUUGGCCUGAGCAGCAAGUAAAUGACAGAAAAUAGCAAAUAUAUUACAGUUAUAAGUCAGCAAACACGCAAACAUAACCAAAUUUACGAAAUUCAAAAGCGAAAAGCAAAAACAAACAUUUACAAAUAGAAGAGCCGAUUUGUAACACAAUUGCAAGAAGUUAAAACGAAACGAGUCUAUUUAUAACAACCAAUCAACCAACCAAACAAACAACAAACAAACAAACGACAAACAUUUAAAAUUCAAUUUUUAUUAUAAAGUAAUUAGCAACUGCAAAAAAAAAAAAACAAAACAACAACAACAAGAGCAAAUGAUGUUGAAAAGUACUUUUGGAAAACCACAACAAAACAAUUCACACCACAGCAAAAUACACAAUAAAAACAAUUAACAACAUCAAAGAUUAUACAAUUGCAAAUGAAAAUUAAUAUGCAAAAUAAGGAAACUGAA